GUUAUUUGAUAAUUAAUAAAGGCUUCAUACUCCUUUAAUGAACUAAUAAAUUAUAACAUAUAAAGACCUUUACGAGAAACAAGUUUAAACAAUUUAGAAUCAAGAUUAGGAUUUAAUUAAUAAAUCUGAAUAAAUCAUCUUUUUUAAAAAUCAAUUAUGCGAAUUAGAAAGCAAAUUAAUUGCUACAUAGGGGAUUCUAUUAAAUAUUUCAACUAGACUUUGUACAUAAAUAAGUACAGAAAUGAAUGAAAUCUUAACAGACUAAACAGUUAGGGAAAGAAAAUCAAAAAGCUUCUUAAGUUUUUAAAAACCAAUAAAACAUAAUAGAAAAUUCAUUGCCUUUUUUAAAAAAUAGAAUAACUGAAUAAAAUGAAUUUGAU